AAUUUGUAACAAAUGAGAUGAUUUUCUGGUUUCUUCUAAUACUAGAGUAGGAGGAGCUAUAAAUAUUAUCAUAUUCUCUUUAAAAUCAAAUCAAAACUUAACUACAUUGUCAAUACACUCAUGUCUGUUAUCUUUAUAUAUAAAUAUAUUGAUAACUAUGACUUAACAGUCUAAAAACAUAACUAAAUUAAAACAGAUGGAGAAAAGUACAUUGAAAUUUUCAAUUGAUAGGAUUCUCGGAUAUAAUACUUCAAAAAAUGAAGAAGAUAGGAAAGUGUGCAAUAGUAUAAACUCAGUUGAAAUUUGCUGUCGUGACACCGAGAAUGUUUGUUUCAAUUCUUUGACAGGAAGUGAAUGCAAGGACUCUGAUGUGUCCAGACCGACAGACUUUAGACAGGGUAUCCGAUUUGCAGAAGAAAUUGAAGAUACAGAACACAGACAAGAGAAUGUCCUUAAUUUGUCCGUACCGAAACUUGAACCUGAAAUAUAUAACUCAAACAUACAUCAUCUGGAACAAGACGAUCUGCACAAUGAAGAUUCAAACGAUGUAAAAGUGGACAAAUCUCAUAAGAAGAGGUCACGUGCAGCGUUUUCGCAUGCACAAGUGUUCGAACUUGAAAGACGUUUCCGUCAUCAACGGUAUUUAUCGGGGCCUGAAAGAACAGAUUUGGCCAAAAGUCUUAAACUUACAGAAACUCAAAUAAAAAUAUGGUUCCAAAAUAGACGAUAUAAAACAAAACGUCGACAGCUACAUUGUGAUCAGUCAGUUCCACAUCCGGGUAAGAAAUGUGCCGUAACUCUCUUGGUAAAGGACGGGAAGAGACUUUAUGGGGACUGUGACAUAAUGAGACCGGUCGUGUUUCCGUCCCUACCGAUGCAAAACCAAAUUGAUGUUCAGUACUAUUAUUAUACGUAAUUUAUAUAUUGUUUGUUUGUUUUGUUGAUAGCUGUUUAUUUUGUUAGUAAUAAAUUUAUGGUGAAUUGAAA